ACAAAUAUUCCCUUCCCAUAAUAUUACCUCUAUUCAACCUUUCCUCUGUUUCAUUGACACCCUCAAUUCUCAAACUCAAACAUCUUCCCUUUUCCCUGUUUCCUCCCAAUACAUUACCAAUGUCCGGCGAAACCGCCGCCGCCGCCGCUACCAUGUCCGCCGCCGCAGAUCAAGAAUCAGAACCAUCCACCACCCCAAACAAACCACACAUAACAUGGUCCGAUUCCUACACAAAAGCCCACGUCGCAAUCCAAUCCUUAGCAUCAAUCAUCCCUUUCAUUCCCCCUUCCCUAUCCUCCUCCGAAACCCCCGCAUUUUGCCUCCUCCACAACUCCGAAACCGCCGCCCAAAUCUCAAAACUCCUCCGCCAACCCGACUCCGGUUCCGGCGACAACAACCUCUGCCGCUGGCUUUACGAUACAUUCCAAUCCUCCGAACCCGAACUCCACCUCAUCGUCCUCCGAUUUUUACCCAUAAUCGCCGGCGUUUAUCUCUCUCGUGUCAAUCUCCAUAAACCAUUAGCCGGAUUUGAAGCUGUUUUAUUAGCAUUAUACUCACACGAAACUUCCUCACGUAAUGGCCAAGCAAUUACAGUAAAUAUUCCCGAUCUAUCACAUUCAAGCAUUUAUCAUGAAACAAAUAAAGUCGCGAAAAAUUCAGCCACAGAGCUGAAUUUAGCUGUGAUUUCUCCGAGUUUAGAACCGUACGGUACGGUAAGAUCAAUGAAAAGAGCUAGAAUUGUUGGUGUUGCGUUAGAAUUGUAUUACAGCAAAAUCCCACAAAUUCCGGUUGAGUCCAAACUUGAUUUCUGUGAAUUUUGUAAAAUAUGGUCAGGCCAAUAUGGCGAAAACGACGAAAAUGGGGACGUAAAAAAGAGGAUUAAUUUGCCAUGGGAAUUGUUUCAACCUGUUUUGAGGAUUUUGGGACAUUGUUUAAUGGGACAUAAGCAGAAUGAGAAGUUGAAGGAAGCUGCAAUUGGUGCAUGUAAUUGUCUAUAUGAAAGAGCUUUGCAUGAUUUGAAUACAAAGGCAAUGUUAGCUACUGGUAGUUUAAUUAAGCUUGCGAAAUUGGAUUUGGAAUCUGAAGAUGUUGAUUAUACUGAGAUCGUAGAGUCCAAUACCAUUACGCUUUGAGGUGUAUUGUAUUGUUCUCUGCAUAGACCAAUUCAAGAUUUUAAUUUUAUGGGUUCAAGAUUUCGAUUUCAACCACCAUUUUUUUGAGUUGUGAGUUCAUAGCUCAAUUUUUUCAGCAAUUUUAGUGAAUUUUAUACUGAAAAUCUAUGUCUAGGAUAACAGCUAUAAAUUUGAUUGAACUAUAUGUCAACUGAAAUCAUAGUUGAACUGUUGGAUCC